AUGGAUAAAAGUGUUGAAUCUCAUUUUACAUCCGAUUUUUGGCGAUAAGUGAAUCAAUAGUAUUUUAUGGUAGAAACACCGAUUUCAUUGAAUAUGUAGAAAAAAAUACACAAAAAAUGUAGGUGUUAAUGUUAGUUUUAGCAUCUCAUUUUGUAAGUAUAUAAACUUAUGGAUUGAUAGAAAAAAUAUUGAAAUUUAUUAAAAAACAUACAUAUUAGGUUGAGAAAUUAAAUGACAGCAACAUAAGGCUGCAUUUAAGUUUAUUAUUGAUGUAAAGAGAAAAAUCAUUCGAACCAUUCUAAGAAUUAAUAGAUGAAAUGAUCGACAAUAUUUGUGAACAAGAAUUAAGAGAAGGUUUGGAAUCAAAUAAAGUUUUGCUUAAAAAUAUCCAUCAAUUACCGUAUGAAAAAUAAAUGGAAAUUUUAUAAUCAGAAGAAUCAAUCCUAUAAAGUUUGUAGCAAAGAAUUGAUUGGCCUGAUCAAUUAAAUUAAGUAAUAAUGGAGAUAGAAGAUGAUUUAAUCAAAGUUUAAGACAGAAAUAAAAAAUAAUUAAAUAAGUAUGUUUUUUUAUAGAGUUUUAGUCUAGCAGGACAUUUAGAAGAAAUCAAUAAAUAUUUAUUAUAUUAAUACAAUAUUAAGUAAAUAGGAUAAUUCGCUUUAAGAAUAUCUAGGAAUAGAAUUUAGCAUUAAAAAUUUGAAUUAGAGAAUCUAUAAUAAUUAAUUAUUCAUUAUUAAGAUUAUCAAGUAGCAGAUUCUAUUGGAAAGGUCUUCUAUAAUUAAAAAAGUAUGUAAUAAUUAAUAAAUUAGCUAAAUUUAUGACUGUUACUUUAGACUCGUAUCUAAGCAGAACUCCAAUGGAUUUUAAAAUAGAUUAAUUGUAAAAUUUGCAAAGACUUCGAGAAAAAGAAUUAGAUUUAAACUUUUAAUAAUAGGACAUUUAAGAAGAAAUAUAAACUCUAAUUUAAAUCCAAACUGAAAUGUGUCAUAGUUGUAGAUAAAUGAUAGAAAUAACUAAUUUAUAAUAAUGUAAAUAAAAUCAUAGAAAUAUGAAUUUCCAUAAUUAUAAUGAAGAAUUACUGAUCUAAUAGAGAUAUUCAAUUUCUUAAUAAUAAAUGCGAAAAUUUUAUAUAGAUUUAUAUUCUGCUAACUACAUAAUAGAAAGUAAAUACUAUUUAUAAAUUAAGAUAAUUAAAUUCAGUGUUAAAAAUAUUUUUGUUUUAAAUGCUUGAAAUAUGAAUUUGAUUAAUAUGAUAUAUCAGAACCCAAAUGGAUUUGUCCUUUAUGUAAAGUAUGAAAAUUAUUCUUAUCUAAGGGAAUAUGUUUUUGUAUAAGAUGUUAACGAAAUGAUUGCAUUUACAAAUUGAAAAGAGCAUUUAUAGAGAUUGGAGGUAAUCUAGAUACUUUAUAUUCAUAAUCAACAUUUGAUACUUUAGUUGAAAAUAAAAGGAUUUUGAUUCAAACUAUUCCUUUUGAUUUCAUUAAAAUUUUAAAGAUUCAAUCAGAAAAUGAAAAGACUUUUACUUAAAAAAAUUUACGUUAAAAAAAGAAUAGGAUAAACAAAAAAAAGAAAAGUAGUGAAACUAUAUUGGUUGGUAACACAUAAUCUUAAUUUAUGUAUAUAUCUUCAUCAUCGAUAAAAAUUAAGAAAAUAAAGGAAUAUAAGCGACCUAUACCAAAUGAAAGUACUAUAUUUGUAUAAUGA